AUUAAUUUUCAUGCACGAAUAUAGAUCUAAACUUUUAUUGGCGAAAUUGAAAAUUUAAUAUACAUUCAAUAUUCUCAUUAUUUCAUUUGAAAUGAAAUCUCGCGCCACAGCUCACCCUAUAGUGGUGAACGCGUCUCCCCGACUUAUUUAACAGAGCACCAGACUGUUCCUUUUUAUUUGAUUCAAUUCGAUUUGAUUCGCAAUGUUUUCCCAUGUUCCGGUCAUUGAAUCCGGUGAGAUUUUAUUCUAUUGCAGAGUCAACUGUACCCGCAUCUAUAAGGUUUAACUCGCUUCUCGAAAUAUCGGCUUCAUGCGCAUUCAAUCGCCUCCUUUUAUUUCUUGUCGCUCUCUUACAAUUAGUUUGUCUUGCUCGUUGUCGCAUAGAUGAUAUAAGCGACUCAAGAUGGCCGCCACUACUCUAACGCGUGCACGUUGGGUCCUGCGGUACCGGUGUUCGUCGCGUUUCCUAGAGCACUCAUCAUCGCUGGUCGCGUGAGUGUAAAAGUGUGCACCCGUACAGUCCCGUAUAUUUAACAGAUAGUGUUUGUAUAGCGCUCAUGGCGCCGUCAGUAGUGUGCAACAGCCUAGCACAGCUGAUUGCCAGAAUAGACUCCGCGUCACAACGCCAAGCCGUUACGAAGCACCAUCUAACAACUUAAUGCUGUACUACGAAACGUGUGGUGUGAGCUGCGCUACUGUGAUAGCAGUGAUUUAGUUAUUUAUUUACAGGAGAAACGCAACAGAACAAUAACAUAUGGACUUGGUUUUUCAAAUUGUGGCAAUGAAAAUUAAUUAUGAAUAAUAAAGUUGCUAAAAUGACACGAGCUGUGAAACGAAAAAGAAUCAUUGUUGAAAGUGACAGCGAUAACGAAGAUUCUAAUAAUCGUUUGGUGCGUAGAAGUUCACUGAAAGUCAAUUUGAGUUUCACAUCCAAUGUGUCAGAUUCAGGAGAAUCAAAUUCUGAUCAUGAAUUAUUAAAAAAAAAAAGUGAAGAAACUACUGAUGAGGAAAAUGAAGGCUUAACAAGAACUGUUAAAUACAAUACUAACAAUGUAGUAAGUAAUGACCCUGCAAUACCAGUCAGUAUUGCAGAUGAUACCAUUAUAAAUGCAGUUUAUCAUAAAAUUUGCAAGAAAUGGUCAUCGAGGAAUCCUAGACUCUUAAUGUCUGAUAUGGAAAAGAAAGAACAGCAGCUUAAUAAAAGCUGUAUAGAAUUGCAAAAUGCUAUUAUUAAUAAAACAAAAUCUUUAUUAGAUAAUGAACUAUCUAAAAGAACAUCAGAAAUUUUAACUGGUUGUUCUAAUAUGAGACAAAUAUAUAAUGAUAACCAUGAAAAUAGAUCACCAAGUGUUAGAGUUGAUGUUGGAAAAAAUGAUCAAAUUGUUAUGGCUGGGUGUGGGGAAAAGCAGAAUCCAGUUCGAGUAAACAUUAUGUCAAGUAAUACUCAUUCAGAAAAGAAUGAUAAGGUUUCUCAAAACAGUGAUCCGAAUGAUUUAGAUUGUAAUCAAAGUAUAAUAAGCACACCAAAAAAAUUCAAUACAGAAAUAUUACAUGAUAAAUCAUUAGGUAAAACAUCUAUGAAAAUGAUAAAAAUGCCAGUUAUUAGGUUAUUUGCAGAUAAUAAUCCUGACAACUCAAUGUCUGAGAUAAAUUAUGUUUUAACUCCUAAGAAUUCAAGAUUAAAUAUCUCAAAAGACAAUGAAGCAAAUAAUAGAACAAAACCUGUAGUAUCUAAUGAAUUAAAUAUUACAGUUAGUCCUAUACUAAGUCAAGGAACCAGAAGAACUAGAAUCUCUCGUCAUUCUUUAAGAAGAAAAUUAAUAACCAGUAAUGACGCUGAAACUUCAAGAUUUUCAAUUAAUAUUACAAACGAGAAUUCUAUCAAUAGAUUACCACUUACAUGCUCAUCUUUUAUUGAAAGGUCAGAAAAACCUUGCAACAAAAGUAAUUCAAAUCAAUUGACUAAAACAAUUAUUCUUGAAGAACAAAGUGAAUUAAACGAAAAUCAAAAAACUAUAAAUUUAGAUGAAAAUGAUACUAAUACUAUAAAUAUUGAUCAUUCUUCUAAUCGAUUGUCCAUGGAAAUCACAGCAAUUUCAGCUCGUACACCAAUUGUAAGAAAAACGUUUCAAGAGAUUAUUCAGAAAUCAUUAAAAUUGAAUGCAACUAAUCUUCCAUAUCAGAAGAAUAAAAAGUUAUGUAAAUUAAAUCAAAGAUCUAUGAAUGGAAUUGAUAGUUCAAUAAAUAAAACCAAUGAAUCAUGUUCAGCAAAUACUGGAAAUGAAAAUGGUGAUCAAGAUAAUUGCAGUGUGAAUACAUUAAGGACCUCCUUAAGUGUUAAUACAUCAUUAGAUGAUGUCAGUUUAGCAGAACGUAUAACACAAAAAGAAAUUAGAAGACUAGACAAAACAAAUGAGUUGAUAGAACAAACAUCCAAAAAUAAUAUUGCAAGAGAAAAUCAACCAUUAAUUACUAUGCGUAGCUCAUUACAUGUAAAUACUUCUUUAGAUUCAAUUCGUAAGUCAUCCGACAGUAGCAAAACAGAUUGUGAGCAAGAAAAAAUAAAAAAUAAACAACUACCAUUAACAAGCUCUAAUAAUAAUAAGGAAAUUAAAAAAAAUACAGAAAAAAUUAUUCGGCUAAGUAAUGGGACAGCCAGAUCUUCAAUGCAAAUGAAUACAUCAUUAGAUUCAGUUCAAAAAUCACCAAAUACACAAGAACCUUUGAAUUACAAUAAAAUUCUGUCAAUGGUAGAGGAAAUAUCAUGCCAAUCAUCUAAUGAUGACAGUGAAACAGAAAAUAUACCUUUGUUAGAAAGAAUACAGAUUAAUGGCAUUUCAAAACAUAAGAUAACGGCUAAUAAACAAGAUAAUUUAAAAGAAACUACAUCAAAUACCAACAAAGGUAUUCUUAUACUUGAUUCAGAAAGGAAAUCAAAUACAUCUGAAUCAGCUGACCCACUGGAAACACCUACAACUACUCAAAAGAAUGAAUCGAAGAGAAUAAGAAAGUCAUGUGUAAUUCGAAAAAGUAAUUUAUUAGAAAAUGACUCUAAAAACUCUGAGUUAAGUGUAAGAAGAAAAUAUUCUCGAAAAUCAAAGAAUAAUUCUGUAAAUAGAAGUUCAACUACAAGUGAAUCCAGUGUAGUUGAAGCCACACCAUUUCCCGCGAGUCGUUCUCUUUUGUUUAAAACAAUCAUAAAAAAUAAUAUUGUAAUGAACACUUUGAACCCUAAAAAACUAGUAGAUAACUCAGACAAUGACGACAAUGAUGGGCUACAUCUUACUGUUUCGAAAACCAAUUCUUCUCUAAAAAAACGCAAUAACGUUCAAAACAAUAAAACCAUACUCCACAGUGACGAUUCAUUAGAUACAGUUAUUGUAAAUUCAUCGGAUGAAUCAUCAAACGAAUCAAAUAUGGAGAAAGAGAGGAUCGUUAUAUGUGAAUCAAUGAAUGAUACAGGAAAUCAAAAUAAAUCUAAAAUUAACAAAAGCAAAUCAAAAAAACAAAUAAUAUCAAGAAAUAGUGAUAGUUCUGAUGAGGACGAGAAAAAUCGGAAAGUAGCGAUUAAACGAAAAUUGUAUCCAUUAAGAGAAAAUUCGCAAAUCUCAUUCAGUCCAGUAGAAAUAUCAGAAUCACCUCGGGAAUCAGCGCCUAAAAAAUCUAAAACAAAAAAAAGAAGAAAAAUGACGCAAAAAACGCAAGAUGUAAAAGCACUAAGCCCAGAAGUGACUGAAACAAGUGAUCAUACGGAAAAUGAAAUUUCACUUCAAAAUCUAGAAAAGAAGAAAAUGAAACGGAGGAAAAUAAAGAGUAAGAAAAUAAUUGUAAAAAAAGUAAACAAUAUGACUCUGUUGGAUAACAUCUUGGAAAACAAUGGAGAAAUAAGCUUAACAACUGAGAGGAAUUCUUUAAGAGAGUUUAAUUUAAGAAAAGCUAGAGUCAAUGCACACACAAAAAAUCAUAAAAUAGUUAUUGUCGUGACUGGUCUAGAUGAGGAGAGUAAAGAUUUAGUGAAAAGCGUUGUCAAAAGUUUAGGGUCUGCAACAUUGCAAGCCAAUGUUACUCCGCGUACUACUCACGUGAUAAGCUCAGGUGUUCGCACAAUAAACCUUUUAAAGGGUAUUAUCAGAGGGUGCUGGCUUCUACAACUGGAAUGGGUACUGAAGUCUCUUGAAAGUGGAAAAUGGUUAGAUCCUUUACCUUAUGAGAUGUCACAUUUUGCUAAAGCUGUACAAAUAAAUCGUCGAGACCGAAAACUAUGUGGUAUAGCAUAUAUACCAGAAUUAUUUGUUACGUGUGGACUCAUAUACAUAGAAAAUGGUACAACACCUCCCGCUGCAACUCUUAAAGAAUUGGUAAAAACCGCAGGAGGAAGUAUAACAGAGGAUCCAAAUAAAGCAAAAAUUAUUGUUGGUAUGGAAGGUUUAAAGGAAAACUGGAUAUUAGAUUCAAUUACAACAGGUGAAAUUCAACGUUUUGAUCAAUACAGGCAAAAUUGAAGGAAGUAUUAUUAAAAUAAAAUGAAACAAGAAUAAAAAUUUAGGUUAUUUAAUAAGCCAUUGUCUUUCCAAUUUAUAAGACACGUUUAAGAAAUAUUUAAGUUUAUUUUUAAUUGAUUCGAAAAGAAAGAUGUAAAUACCGAUUUUGUAUAAAAAGAUUAUAUGUUGUGAAGAUUCAGACACUUUUAAUGAUUGCAUUAAAUAUUCGUAAUUUAAAAUUACGAAAAUUUUAGAGUAUUGUUCAAGGAUAUAAUUUAAUGAUAAAUCUUUGCUAUAAAUAAAAACAUUUACUUUUCAUUAAUCAAUAUUAAUUGAAUUACCAUAUUUCACCAUUGACAAUAAAAUAUAAGUUUAACAACUUUACAAAAAAAACUAUAGUAUUUUGAAUUUUAUGUAUUUUGUAGAAGAAUAAUGCAAAUAAUACAUUAUAGAUUGAUCUGUUUAUAAACACUGAUUGUUGAUACUUUAUAGUUUAUAAAUUAAAAGAUAUUUAUUUUCAACUUGUCACAAAGGAAAAGCCUGCAGUUAACUUACACAUGUAAACUAAACUUCUGUGGAAUGCUUACGUCCGAAGAUAUUAUUUAUUGACUAUUGUUUUUAUAUAUUUAUGUAAAAUAUAUA